AGAACUCUUCUGAGUUUUUCUAUUGAAAGGAAUUUGAUUCUUUUGACUUUUGGAGGGUGAGAGAAGAUUAAAGAGCAGACUAUUAAAAAUGGAGUCUUUUCCUGAUCUUUAUCCUUUGACAAGCCUGCAGAUUGGGUAAGCAUUGGUUUUCAUAAUCUAUCAAUGUUUUCAGAAAACAUAAUCCAUUUUUUUUUGAAUUGCUUAGUUAUAUAUACUUGAUUAAUCUUGUGAGAGAGGAGAGAGUACAAAACAAGUGCAUAAUUCUCACCUUGUAUUUAUGUUGUCAAGCAUUAAAGAUCAGAAGACAAGCUAGGUAUAGGGGUGCAUAAUCAAGCUAAUGGAACAAUUGCAACCUUUCAUUUUCUUUAUCCAGUGAAAAGUUAAUGGAAUGAACUCUUUUUCUAAUUCUUUCUUGAAGAAGCAGAUUUUGCAAGAGGUUAGAUUUUUAAAAGCUAAAACAUAGUUUCCAUAAUGUAGACUUUUCAAGUAAUAAGGUAACCUUAAGCAAUUUUGAAGUUAGAUGCUUAGAAUAUGCAUUUUUUAAAUAUUUGAAUAUGGUUUCUGUUUUAGGGAUAUAAAGUCCUAUCUGUCACAGGCUUUUGUAUAUUUUGCUCCCAUUAGCAAUACGUUUCUUAUUCUGGUUGACAAUCAGUCAUGGUGGCAAAACAAUAAUUCGAGAUCAAACCAAAUAAGGGAGUUGAUGAUCACCAAGAAUGUCACCUUUUAAAAAUACUAGAGCUUUGCGGGGGUGUCCAAGUUUAGGAUAUGGAACCUUCAGCCAUGAAAGGAAGAAAUUCUGCAAGUGGUUGCCCAAUUUUGACAUUGCUAGUGUCACAGAAAGGGCUACAUUCUCUAUGAUGAGUUUGUACAAAGCCUUGCAUGGGUUUAUAGUAUUUGAAGUUGCAUGGAAAGAUGUACGAGGCAUCAACUAUUUAAAUGAGCUUCAGACAGAUACAUCCCUUGCUUUAGAAGUAAAAUUUAUGAGAAAAUGGGAAUUCAACAGCAUUGAUCAAGCAUUGAGCUGUAUUUCAUCAUGGUUCUUGGGCACUCCAGCUGAAACAGAAACACUGCAGAGCAACCUAGUUCUUUUGCAUGACAAGGUUCCUUCUUAUUCUUCUUGGGGGAUCACAGUUGCUUCUAAAGAAUUGCUGCUUAAUGCAUCUCAAGCUGAGCUGUUCUCAGAAGAUGUGUUCUUUGACGUCAGGGAAUGUCCCAUUGACACGGAUGAUUGUCAAUCUGGAAUGCAUUGCCAGGUGGAAGAGCCAGUGGAUGGGAAGAGAAAAGAAAUUCUAUGGGAGGAUGAUAACUCUGAGCCUAUGGGAUACAAGGACACUCUUCUGCUAUUAAGUUCCAAUGAUAGAGAUCUUCCAUCUAAAUUAUGCCAGAUAAUUACAUCUGAUUUGAAGCUUCUUACUUUGCUUGAGGCAGGCCUUCCCUCUGGGGUUAUUUUUCUUCAAUCCUAUCCACUGUUCAAUAAAGUUUAUCGUCACUGGAUGCGGCCUCUAUUAAGAAUCCUAUAUGCAGUAAUGUCAUGCAUAACUGUGAUUAUUGGGUUUUACGAUCUCUAUAAGAAUGUUCCACUCCUGAAGGCAGCUGCAUCACACCUUCCUUGGCCAUUUCUCAAGUGGAUUGAAGCAUGGGAUAUGGUUUCAAGAAUUAAGUAUCUUGGAACGAUGUUGUUCCUACAGAAUUUGCAGAAAGCCAUCAAGUGGUUCCUAAGGAAGACGCAACUGAUGAAGCUGCUAGUAUCGCUACUCACAAGGUCCUUGAUUUAUCUACUGGCAGAGCUGAUAGAACUUUUGACACCAAUAUGGAGUGCUUUUGCUGAAAUUGGAGUGCAAAUCUGCAUGAUUACAAGAGUUGUGGUGCAGCCCUUUUGGAGCUUAUUAUUGGAUCUUGUCGAUGUUUUAUUCUCACCUCUGGAGCUUUUAUAUUCAUGUAUAUUGACUUUAGUCACAUUCAUUUUGUCGUUCUUUGAUAUCAUACGGGAUUUGCUCCUCUAUCCUUCUCAAGGCUGCCUUCUCCUGGCGAAAUUUUUGGCUUCUGCAAUAAUUAACAUUUAUAUGAUGCUUGCAAGAACCUUAAUGAUAUUCUCCAAUGGCAAGGGUAUGCUUACAAGUUUUGCUCAAGCAAAACCUAGCUCAUCUGAUAUUUCAUUUUGGCAUUCUCUGUGGAAUGAUCUCUUCUCAAAGGUCUUCCGGUCUCUUAGAAACAUUAUAUGUGGUCUUGUUGCAUUCCUUGCUUCCUGCAACAGGCAUAGGCUAAGCACCUACAACCACAUUAAGGAAAUCGUUCGUCAUCCGCGUUACUUUCUUCGGAAAUUAGUUCCUCCUCGAUGUUCUUAUUUCCCAGUGCCUCAAUUGGAAAGCAGUCAUAAGGAUGGUAUUGAGGAGUGUGACCGAUGCAAAUGAGAAUAUGCUCGUGCCUAUACCUGUAGUCUUUUAGUACUUGUAUUUAAUCGUAACUCUUCGCUCUCUCUCGCUCUUUCUUAUAUAUAUAUAUAUAUAUAUAUAUAGUUGAUGUUAUUAGGAGUUGAUUAGAGCAUAGUGCUCCAAUUCAUAGAUGAAUAGACAGAUAAUAUAUCUUUUUCUUCUGCAUUUUCUGAAAAUCAUAGACAUGGCUGUACAGUUAACAACUUUGUACAUAUAGUAACUUGAAUGAGCUGUAAAUUGUAGAGCUACUGUUUUUAUAAUGGAUAAUGGAGCAUGUUAUUGUAA